GAUUUAAGCAAAAUUUGAUGUCUAUAUUUUGAGCUCGGGUUAAACUUAAGCAAGAAAGGAACAUACUAAUAGCAUACAUGAGUUCAGAUCAUUUCAGUUGUCAUUUUGGUUUGGCACUCAGGUUUGAUUUGUUUGUAUAACAUAUCAAAAUUGAUAACGUAUCUCAUGCAAGUAUGUACAACAUGUUACCGGGUUUGGGUUUGAUAUCCUGCAAUGGAUUAGAUAUCUCAUGCAUGUCUCUGAUAUAUUUGUAUCUCAAAUUGAGAUGAAAUCCUAGAUGGUAUUUAUCCCUGAUGAGUGCUCUCGUUUCGUGGUUCUAUUAGGGAAGAUAUCAACCGGAGCUCAGAACGACUUAGAGAAAGUAACUAAGAUGACUUAUGCCCAAGUAGCAGUCUAUGGUUUCAGUGACAAGGUCGGUCUUCUUUCUUUCCCUCGAAUUAACUAUGCAUUCGAGAUGACCAUGCCUUAUAGCAGCACAACCGCUGCAAUCAUCGACUCCGAAGUUAGAGAGUGGUUAGGCAAGGCAUACGACCGAACAGUGCAGCUGAUAGAGGAGCACAAGGAACACGUAGCUCAGAUUGCAGAAUUGCUUCUAGAGAAAGACAUACUUCACCAAGAGGACUUGGUCCGAGUACUUGGUGAACGCCCCUUUAAGUCGAGUGAACCCACUAAUUAUGAUAGGUUUAAGCAAGAAAGCAUCCAAGGACACAUCAACAGAGAGCAAGACUGGAUGAUAAUGGUUCAACACCCUUGGAACCUUAGGUAGUACCAGCAUAGUUCUUGAACAUAUAUUUCUGGUUCUCUAAAAUACAAGGUUUUUUUUUUUUUCACAUUAAUUUGCUCAUUUUGCCUCCCUCACUUAUACAAACUGAACUCUUAAAACAUAAUGUCUAAUCUGAAAAUGGAAGAUUUGUACCAUUAUUAUGAUGUUUUCAUUUUUAGAAUUAACUUAUUGAAUCUUGAUAUUGAAAAGCACGUUAAUGUGUA